AUGGUGUGUUGGUGUUCUUAUGUUGUGUUGUGUUGUAAUAAAAAUUAAUGACUGCUACGCGUAAGUUUUUGGUUAGCUAACUAGCCAAUUCUGGUAACUUCAGACAUUCAACAGUAAAAUAUAGAAUAUAAUAUAUAUCGUUGGUAGAAAAUGCCAAGCAAAAAGAAAAAAUACAAUGCACGUUUUCCUGCGGGAAGAAUCAAGAAAAUUAUGCAGACAGAUGAAGAAGUUGGUAAAGUUGCUCAAGCUGUUCCUGUAAUAAUCUCUAGAACUUUGGAGCUCUUUGUGGAGUCGUUGCUGACCAAGGCUAUGGAAAUCACCAGUGCUAAAAAUGCCAAAACUCUUACACCUUCACACAUGAAAAAAUGUAUUUUGUCAGAGCAGCGGUUUGAUUUUCUGAAAGAUCUUGUGAAGUCAGUUCAAGAUUCUGCCACAGGAGAUGAUGACGUAGCGACCAACAGCUCGGGACUACUCACACCCCCUGUACGCAGGGGUGGCUCCUAUCCCAGGGCAUUAGGGGAUAAUGCUUUUGUAAAGAAUGAAAAUGAAUUCAAAGAAGAAACGAUAGUAAUAGAGGAUAAUGUUAUCAAAGAAGAAGUAGAGGAAGAAGAAGAUUCUAUUAAAGAAGAAAUAGAUGAAGAGGAACCCACCGAGGUGGUAGCAAACUGUUCGACUCUUCAUCUGCGGCCGAACUUCUACUCCGAGACGACGGGAGAGCCGGCGGUUAGCAUACACCAGCCCCCUGUAGUCGGCGGUUACCCACCCCCAUAUCACCCCCACCCCUACCAGGAUCCUAACAGUUUAAACAGAUCCCCGAGGCUCGUCAUGGAUGAGGACUAUGAUACUUAACUCGCUCAAAGUGUCCCGUGUGGAUUUCGGCUGUAUUUUGCUGAUAACUAGUACAAAACAAGAUAAGUAGCGUUGGGAGGUGUUCCACAUGGUACACAUUUAAGUAUAAACUGUAAAUAUAUGUAAUUUUACUCUGUUCAAACUUGUUGGCUAUGAGAAACAAUUCGUGCCCCGUGACUGAAGGUGUUUGGUAGAUUUGAGAUUGCUCGUUGACUCGUAAUAAACUCAUGUUUCACAAAAUGUUAAGGGAAACAGGGGCCAAACACGUCACAAUUACUACGGUGUGGUCCUAUAGCAC